AUGCUCAGGUUUAUGCUGCGAGUAGUGGGCGGAGUCUUGAUGAUUGUGUUGUCGAUAGCGGCUGCCAUCAUUCCUGAUGAGGUCAGAGUUAGUCCGAGUGCUCAGAAGGUUCAGUUUGACGAAGAUCAGCCGAUAGAAGAUGGGAUCGCUUGGAGGGAAAUGAUACGGACACCUCACUUCUGGCUGUUAGUCAUAGCGUUUUCUGCCAACACUCAAGCAAUAACUUUCGUGGCGUCCACUUUCAAGAUGAUGGGAACGAGCCUGUGUGGUAUGACUGACGCCCAGCUGGUGAAGACUUGGUCAGUAGCAGCAGUGGUGAAUGCUGUUGGGAGAGUCACAACGGGCACUUUCGUUGUCAUGCCGUUAGCCACAGCUAGCUUGUUCGGUCGUGCUAACUUCCAGAAGAACUACGGAGUCGUGUUCAUGAGUUUCGGACUCUCUGCAUUAGUCGCAGCAUGGGCGCUCUCUUCAGAUCACAGUACCUUAUUUGACUUCGACGCUGUCGCCUGCUCUACAGUUGGCCGUCAUCGCGCUGAUCCCGGCUGUUACAGCGGUCAUAGCAUGGCUACUAUCCAAGCUGCCGGUUCCCUCGAAGAGAACAGAUGA